UGAUUAGUGGAUAUAGAUAUUUCAUAAUGUACUUGUAUUUUGUUGUUUCAGAUAAAAGUGAUGAGCCUGUUUCCUAUGAGGCAGCAUUGAAGACAAUAGGGUAUGGAAAGUUUCACAUUAUAUUGCUGGCGUUGUGUGGAUGGGCAGUGUCUAGUGAUGCCAUUGAAGUUCUCUCAGUGUCCUUCAUGCUGCCAUCUGCUCAGUGUGACCUCAAAUUAUCCUCCGAGGACAAGGGAUGGCUCAAUGCUAUCAUAUUUGUAGGUAUGAUGGUAGGUGGUUAUUUUUGGGGCUCAAUGGCAGACAAGUUUGGGCGUCGCUCGGUGUUGAUGGGCUCACUGACAGUAAAUGGGCUAGGUGGUUUGGUGUCAAGUACAUCUCAAGUGUUCUGGCUGUUCCUCAUAAUGAGGUUUAUAAGUGGUGUUGGUGUUGGUGGAAGCAUACCUGUGAUAUUUUCCUAUUUUACGGAGUUUCUUCCUAAACAGCGAAGGGGAACCAUGAUAAGUGCAUUAGCCACAUUCUGGAUGAUGGGGAAUAUAAUAGCUGCUGGGCUGGCCUGGGCUGUAAUUCCACAUCCAGAACUUGGAUAUUUUUCUGAGAAGUUCACAUACAACAGUUGGAGGAUUUUCGUAGCAAUCUGUACAAUACCUAGCCUUACAUCAGCAGCAAUGUUUGCCUUUAUGCCAGAGAGUCCAAAAUUUUUCCUUACUAUGGGCAAGGAGAGAAAAGCAUUAGACAGUUUAAGAACAGUUAAUAGAGUAAAUGGUAGAAGUGGACCUCUGCAGAUAUCACAAUUAAUAUUAACAAAAGAUAAAGAUGGGAUAGUUCAAUUGGAGGAUUCUAUAGAAGAUAAAUCAACAUUUAGAGAAGGUGCGAGACAUUUACUUCAUCAAACUCAGGAAUUGUUUGGUAGAACUUUAUUGAGAACCACAGUCAUCAUGAUAGUUAUCAACUUUACUUUGAGUUUCGGAUAUUACGGGUUAUGGAUGUGGUUCCCAGAGAUUUUUUCAAGAGUUGAGAAGUACGGGGGCUCCCCUUGUAGUCAUCCAACAAUAAAUACAACAUCCUCUAAUGAAACAACAACAUGCAAUGGCAUUCCGAAUGAUUGGGUGUUCUUUGAAGGGUUUAUGACAGCAUUAUCAAAUCUUCCAGGAAAUAUACUUACCAUUUUAAUAAUGGAUAAAGUAGGCAGAAAACCACUUCUAGCAACAAGUAUGGUGUUAGCAGGUGUGACUGUAUUUUUUCUACCUAUUGUUCACAGUAAAGUUCAAAAUUUACUCAUAUCUUGCGCAUUUGGUGCAGUAACUACUGUUGGCUGGAAUGCUAUAGAUGUACUGCAGGCAGAACUUUUUCCUACAGCUGUCAGGUCAACAGCAUUUGGUUUACAAUCUGGAGUAGGUCGGAUUGCUGCGAUCCUCGGGAAUGUUUCCUUCGGGAGUUUAGUAGAUGUUCAUUGUGCUGUACCGAUGAUUAUGGUAUCAGUAUUAUUGACUAUUGGAGGACUGACGGCCAUCAAGCUGCCUAAUACAACAGGGAAAGAUAUCCAUUGAUAGAUGUUGUGUUUCUUGGCAGGAUAUUACACUCGAUCAAACCCAAUUUAAUUCUU